ACCAAUGUUAUUUUUUUCUGCUGUUGUCUGUUGGUUGGUUUAUCGUCAAAAUUAUCGUAAAAUAUUUUACUUAUAUUUUCCCAGGCCUUUGAUUUGGCAUUUCUCAAGCUAUAUUCAACAGUUUGAGUGUUCCAUAUAGCAUUUUCGUUUUCAAUUGCACUUAUAAAUAGUUCAGUAUCAAUACAUUCGUUUCUCGAAUCCAUAGUAAGUAAAAAAUUAAAAAAUUAUAAAACGAAAAAAACGGUUUUCUAUAUACAGUUUUCGUGAUAAAACAAUUCGCAUUAAUGGAAAAUUUGACAGUCAUGAUUUUCUCGAUAUUUUUCCAAUUAUACCAAACCCUGGACUUUUCACACUUUUCGCAUAAAUUAUAGUAUAAUUAGUAAACUGAGACGCACGUUUUUCUUCCCGUGGAAACGUCCUAAUCUACGCCCUAACGCUAUCUAACGCGCGUUUAAAGAAGAACGCGUGUAGAGGCAAGACCUCGCGUUCACGGGCGUAAGACGCGCAUUUAAAACUCACGCGCGUUUAAAUGGGUACGCUUGUAUUUCUUCUAAUACAUUCUAUAAACGCGCGUCUAAACUCACGCGCUUUCGCGCGUUUAAAAACGCUCGUGGAAAAGGGCACUUACUGGUCUAUUCCUGUCAUGUUGCAUUCCUGUAUUUUUGCUUAACGCCAUUUUGAUAUUUUUAACAUUUUUUCUUUGUCUUAAUUGUUAGUUGUAAUUUUGUAAAUUGUAAUGUAUGUUUUAAGUCUUAAAAUAAUUGUUAUCGUCUUUCAAGAAAUUACGUGCUACAACUUACUACUUAGUGCUUACAAAGUUAGUUACAACUCAUCACUCGAUAGUACUUUGGUGUUAUUUUUUUGACUUAUGCACAGGUACCUACUGAAAAAAAAAAUUAGUCAAUGAGCUAUGAUGGAAUGAAUGAUGAUGAAAGCCUUUAAGUUUGUGUUGUUACUUUUUAUAGUUAAAAUAUAUUUUAGAAGAGAUCAAUUGGUCUUUGAAUUAAAGUUUCUUGAUAGUAUAUGCAAUAGUAUUGGUCUAGUGUUUCAUUGAAAACCUUUUUUUGGAUAUUAUUUGAUUGGCCCCAACCAUAUAACUGAAAUUAUUUCAAAAUGAAUGAACAAGUGCAAAAUGCUAAUUUGAUGAAUAUUUGUAAAGAAUUUGAUAAAACUAGUAGUUCGUCAAAUAACACAACUUUCCAUAGUUUUAAUAACAUGGACACUAGUCAAUCAGUCUUAGAAAAUGACUUUAAUCAAAACCUCAGUGAUCCUGUAAAAUACUUUGAUUUGCAACGCAUGAUCAUGGAUCAAAAAAAUGUAACCAUGUCUUUAAAAAUGUCCGAAUAUGAAAAAGCGUUAAGUGAAAGGGAUGACACCAUUCAAUCCUUACAUACAAAUAUGAUGAAUUCUCAAAAUAACAACUAUGUUCUGAAUAAUCAGUGCAAUAAUAUAAUGGAAAAGACAAAAUCAGUGAAUGAUACAUGUAUCCGCCUUAAUGCAAGUUUCACAAAUAUUUGUGAACGUUUAAACAGACUUGGCGACACAAUAGAUAAUGCAAGAUCCAGACAAAAAGAUGUCAUGAUAAUGGUAGAUCAAACUACUAGUACAUUUCAAGAAAAAAUUUUGAGUAUUUCAGAUACUGUUGAUGAGUCAUUAAAGCAAGUGACAAUAGAGAAAAUAAGAACAAAACAAGAUUUGGAAAUGUUGGAAAAUAAGUAUUCUUUAGAUAUAGUUACUUUUAAAACAAAUUUACAAGAAUGUACUAAUGAAAUAGAAUGCUUAAAAAAAGAAAAUCAUUUUUUGUCUGAAAAACUGAAUGAUGCAAACAUAAAAUUAAAUGAAGAAAAAAAAACAGUAUUUAAUCUUAAUCAAAAUUUUGAAACCAAAUUUGGAGAGAUGAAAGAUGAAAAUCUACAGCUUAUAAAUCAAAAUAAAUCUAUAGAUGAAAAAUUUAAUGAAAUAAGUAAUAAAAAUCAAACUUUGUUGGAUGAACUUGAUUUACUGAGAACUUCUCUAAAUGAAAACAGAAAACAGCUAGAUAUGCAAUUAAAUACAAUUAAAGAGCAAUCAGAAUUGUGUGAUAAUCUAAAAAUACUUGAAGAAUUAAAUGAAAAAUUAAAAAAAGAUAAUUAUACAUUAAAAGAACAGAAUGAAUAUCUUGAACAAAUAAAUACAAAUUUGGUAGAGGAUAAUAGUAAUAUUAAAUUGUCUCAACGUGGAAUUCAAGAAGAAACUGAAAAGAAAUUUAAAGAUAUGUGUGAAAAUUAUGACAAUUUACUGAAACUGCAAGAAGAAAGAUUUAUAGAUAUAACUGAAAAAUUGGUAUUACAAAAAGAAAAAGAUAAUAAAAAUCAAAUUGAAGUAAUUGAAUUAAAACAAGAAAUUGAAAUGUCUAAUAAAACAAUAACUGGCUUACAAGAAGAAUUAAAAGCUAAUUAUGUGUUGAUACCUGAAUUACAAAAUAAAAUUGAUGAUUUAAACACAAAUUUAGUUAAUAGUUAUCAAGCACUUAGAGACUCUACUAAAAACCUAAUUACAGAAAAAAAUGAACUGGAAAAAGAAAAAAAUGAACUAGAAAAUCAAAGCAAAGAACAUUUUAGUCAAAUUGAAAAACUAACUGCUAAUUAUAUGAAGUAUAAAUCAAAAGCCAAACAGUUAUAUGUAGAAGUUAUGCGACUUAAAUAUCAAUGUUCUAGAUCAGAACAAAAAACAAAAAUUCAACAACUUUCAGUAUUAGAUACCAUUGAGAUAUUAAGUGAUGAAGAUAAUAAUAAUGAUGACGUGAGUAUAGUUGAAUUCAAUAACCAGGAUGUAUCAAACAUGAAUGUUAGUUCUACUUCAAGCAAACCUUUUCAGAAAUCUAACUUGUCAAGUUUAAAAAGAAAUUGUUCACCUGUAAAUUAUACUGGUAAUUCUAAAGUGAAGAAAUAUACAACAUCUAUUGAUGUAGCUGCCUCAAAUAUAUCAACAAAUAUUUCAUCAAAUAUCUUAAAAGAAAUAAAUAAUGCAAGACAAAUUGAAAAUUCAUUAAAUUCAUCAUUCAAGAGUAUUAGUUUGAUACCCUUAGACAAAAACGCCAAUAAAAUAGAGAAUAAAAUUGAGAUCAACCAAGAUAUAAAUUAUGAUAUUGAUCAUAAUUCAACUGUGAGUCCUCAACAAAUAAAAUCAACCUCAAAUAUAAAUAAGUAUCCUACCACCAAAAAGAAAUUUAAAAUACCCACUGAUAUUAAGUUAUCUCAAAAAAAAACUAAAUCAACAAAUAUACAAAAGACUGCCUGGACUAAACCAAAUUCACCUGUUAUUAUGACUGGUCCUUCUCCUAAACUUCAACCUAAAUUUAAUAAAUAAUUAAAAAAAUUUUGAAAAUUGUCAUAUUAGAAAAUUUCAAAAACAACCAGAAGAUUGCAUUUAUUUUAGAAUAAAAUAUUUACUUAUAAGACUCAAGAUAUUGUUAAAUUAGAAUUUAUUUUUUUUUUUUAAUUAAUUUUUUUAUUCAAACAAAAAUUAUUUUUAUUUUAAAACAUUAAGAAAUAACAUAAUCAAACAUUGUAAUAAAUUUAUUAAAUUUUGUUAACUGUUAAAAUAUUAUAUUGUGAAUAAAUGUUAAAUUAGUGUAACUAAACAAAUAAGAGUAGAAUAAGGUUCUUCAAGUAUAUUGAUAUUAUAUCUACUUACUGUGGAGAACACAUGACUAUGUAGGUAUUGGAUUACUAAUAAUAAUUACAUUAAAAGUGGAAAUUUAACAAAACUUUCACGAGGUUAACUAAUUGUAUUAUGUUUAUUUAAAAUAAAAAAAAUAGUGUAGGUUAUUGUGUGUGUGUGUGUGUGUGUAUAUAUAGUAUUAUUAUAAAUUUUUUUACAGCAUCCCUAUAAUUUUAAUUUUUAA